AUGAAAAACUGUAGAGGACAAAGUUAUGACAAUGCUCAAAAUAUGUCUGGAAUUUAUAAUGGAUUACAAUCCCGUAUAAAAAAAAGCUCUUCUACUGCUGAAUUUGUGCCUUGUUCGGCGCACUCACUGAAUUUAGUUGGUACAUUUGCAGCUGAAGAGACUAGUGUAGGUAAUCGGUUUUUUAUGAUCACUCAAAGUUUGUAUACUUUUUUUUCUGGUUCUACAUCACGUUGGAAGAUCUUAGAAAAUGAACUUAAUUCUAUUUCUAAUUCAACAUUGCUUAAAAAUUUAUGUCCUACAAGAUGGUCAUCAAGAUAUUUUGUUUGCAAGUCAAUAAAAAAUGGUUAUAAAAAGAUUGUUGUUGCAUUACAAAAUAUAUCAGAAGAUGUAAGUCAGAGGCCUGCUACAAGACAUGAAGCAUUAGCUCUAUUCAAAAAAAUGAAAAACCUAUGUUAG